AUGGAAACUACCAAUGAGAAAAUCAGUGUUACUUUGGGAAAUGACGUGCUUACAUGUAUGCAAAGUAAAGUACAGUCUGAUGUACAGGAUGAGACAAAGGCCACUGAACCCAGUUUGGCGGCGAAUAUCGAGAAUUAUGUUACACAAUAUUAUUUAUUGCAUUUGAAUUACUCAAACCCGCUUGCCGUGUGCAGA